AUGUCCAAUUCUAGCUCGAAUGCGUCACCGUCUUCCUCGUCUGCCCUAUCUCGGCCAUCAACAUCCACUGAGGAUAUCCACGAAAUCCUAAUAAGUAUCCAGCGUGACCCAGUCACAGCUGCAAAGGCCCUUCCAAGCUUGAGCGAAUCACAGCUACUCAGUCUAUUCUCACUUUUCAACGAGGAUGAAGACAUUACAAAUGCAAGCGGCAAGCAACGCCAGGAUCAGACGGGCAUUCGCUCCAGUGCAUAUCUUGCGCUGUCUACAUUCGUAAACUCCCAGCGAAAUCCGCAAAAGGGCCCUAAUGAGCCGCCGACGGAUGCUGCCAUUAAGCACGCCACACAAACUCUUUCCGGUGCGUUUGCCCCCACGGUGGACAAUGUACUACGAGGGACAAAUGUACAACAUAUCACUUCUACGCUCUCCUUUCUUUCAGCAUUCUUUCAAGUCGAUACGCCAGCUGCCUCGGCCAUCCUCUUACGAGAAGGUAACGUCGAGUGCACCUUGGACAUAAUCGACCUUGCAAAGGCAUCAUCCGAGAAGAGAAACAUGGACAAGGCCUCGAAGACUGUAGGAAUCCGACUCGAACGAGCCCUAGUAAAUCUCCUCUCGCAGGCCCUCGGUCACGCAGAAUGUCGAAAGAUACUCACGACGGAAGAAAGGAUAAAGGGGUGGCUACGCUCGCGUGCGGAUGAUUCAAACGACGCAACUCUGCAGGCAGCAGCGGCACUUGCGCUGGUCAAGGUGUUGCAAGGCGGCAUCUUUGACACCGAAGCCACACAAUCUGGUAUCCCCGUCGAUGCUUCACCCUCUUCCCACGGCAUCUCAGAAGUUGGCGUCGAGACUAGUCCAGAUGCCCUGGCAAAACUGCUUGAGCGCGCAGUUUUGGUGGAGAAUUCUGGAGGCCGAAACACCAGAUCCACUCUAGACGCCGUCGAGGGAUUAGCAUAUCUCAGUGUGCACCCGUCUGUCCGCGAAUACAUUGUCUCUCAACCCUCGCUCCUCCAAGCAUUGUACGCGAUUGGUGCAAGGAGUACCAAGAAAGUCAAGCCGUCUACCAAUAUUUCCGCCUCGAAUAGACUGCUGGAGGACCAGGUGGUCGAAUAUCGUGCCAACAUUGGACUGCACUACGGCCUGGCUCUGACGUUUGCCAACAUUUGUCAGUACCGGCCAAAGCUCAGCAAAGAAGAGGAGCAGAUUGCGAAACUGAGACGAAUGACCAAGGUUCCGAAUGCAGCCGCACACACGGGCGAGUCCAAUUCAUCAGCUCCACGGUUAGGGAUGCAAGACGAAGGGGAGGAUGUGCGAACGAGCGACGAGGCCGUCCGAGUCAGGAUACGAAAGCUGUGUACGAUGGCAGGGAGCACCGGAUUUCUGGCUCUGCUAGCCGGACUCGCGCGUUCGGAGAGCAAGCAGGCCCGCGCGUGCACGGCGCGUGCGUAUCUAGCCGUGGUGGAGGACGUACGCAAUCGGGGUGCAGUGCUGCAAAGUGGAGGUGGAAGGGCAUUGCUGGAUCUAAUCAAGGCCAUGGAACCUCUGGUGCCAGAUUGGAUCGCCACCCAGGCACUGUCCAAGCUGGCGAUCACUGCCAGCCCGUUACAAGUCUUUGGAGCCAAUAUUGGAUCUACUCAUGAUGCGAUCCCGGUAUUGUGUCGCGUGCUGACAGUGGAGGGUUCGACGCCAGCCAGGCCGAUUUCGCUGCGCGAGGAUCAGCUGCCCAAUAAUCUUCAAAAGUUUGAAGCAUUGAUGGCGUUGACGAAUAUUGCAUACGGGCAACCGGAAAUGGCGGCGAGGAUUGCCAAAGUGCCGGGGAUGUGGACGGCCGUCGAGGGACUGCUCUUGCACGACCACGAGCUAUUACGACGAGCUGCGGUGGAGAUGAUAUGCAAUCUGGUCGUAUGUGACGAGGGCUUUGAGCGGUUUGUGCCGACGACGACGACGACACCCAAGGUGGAGAAGCAAGAGGAAGAUGGACCAAAGUCGGCGGCCGAGUCAAGGCUCCAAGUCUUGGUGGCUUUGGCCGACGUGGAUGAUCUUCCGACACGGAAAGCAGCGAGCGGGGCUUUGGCGAUAGUUUCCUCGGAUGAACGGGUUUGCGGGGCACUAGUGGCACUAGAGCGGAGACGCGGGAAUAUGCUCGGCAUCAUUGGACGGUUGUUAAUCGACGACGAGGAGACGGACGACAAGUCUCCGACUGGCUCCCAGGUCGCCGACCGAGAGCUCGUCCACCGAGGGGUGGUAAUUCUACGCAAUUUAGCCGUACACUACGUAUCCAAGCACCGCAAAAGCGUCGAGGAUGGGUUUGUGCAGGCUCUGGCGGCCCGGGGGAUCGUGGACAAGGUGCAAGCGGUGGUCAAGGAUUGCAUGCAGCGUGGGGAGCGAGACGGGCCGGUGAUGGAAAAUGCAGUCGAAUUUGUGAUGGGACUGAAGAGUGCGUAG